AUGUCGAAGGCCUCUCAGCUUCUGAUUUCGGUGCUCUCCGAGCCGCGCUCACGCCCUAAUGGCUCUGCUCGCGGGGCUGUCAUCCGAAACUGGAGCAGCUUCAGUGCGGGCCAACCUGGUCCAGGACCAGGGCGCCACAGUUAUGGCGUGAACGCAUAUGGAAGUGGGUAUGGACAUGGUGGCUACAGCAGUGGAGGGCAUGGAGACGGUGCGUACGGGGCAAACGGCGGGCAUGGUGGGGAUUUGUACGGCACUGGUGGCUAUGGAAGCAGUGGUGGACGCGGUGGGUACUUGGGAGUUGGGGAUGAUGAGUCCAGGACCAGUGGCUAUGGUGCAGAUCCUUACGAUCCGUAUGGCGAUCCUUAUGGCAUGCCCCCUCCAGGGCCGAAGGAUUCAGGCUUGGAAGAACCUGCUGAACCCAGUGCUGGGUCAGACGAGCUUGACGAAGGUGAGGAGGCCGGGCUGGACCUGGUGCAGGCAGGUGCCGGUUUGCCCCCAGCAGAGCCAGAUCAGGUGGACAUGGAGGAGGCCCCACCGUACGAUGACGAGGUCUACACCCAGGACUACGAGGAGGGCUACGAGGAGGCGCCCGAGGCUGGUUUUGGAGAGGGACCUCCACUUCUGUUAGUCAACAAUGAAGGGCAGAACAUUUUGGCAAAGGAGAAGACGAGGCAGUUGAUUAACAAAGUCAACAUCCUCUCCAAGUCCUUGCAGGCAAAGCUGCCUCUGUACGACGAGGGAACGGACCUCCCGGAGCCUGAAGACGAGAUGAGGGAGAUCUGCCGAGCCAGAGAGGUGCAGAUCAACAAGCUGGAGCAGGCGAAAACAGCUGCCGAGAUAGCUCGUCUGGAGAAUGAGGAGGCUGAGCCCGGAAAUGACCUCAAUGUGGAGGAGGAGGCGAAGAAGAUCAGAGAAGAGUGGCCAGGUGAUGAGUAUGAUGACCACGGGGGAUAUCCUAUGGCACCUGAUGCCCACUACUACGAGAGUGGCCAUGCGGGAUACGACUACGGUGGGCACGGUGCUGCAGGUGCUGCAGGCUUUGGCAAUGGGCCUGGUCCGGAAGUACCUCCUGCAGCUCCUGCAGCUGCUGGCUUGCCUGCACCCGUGGUCGCUGUAGCUUUACUCCUGCCGCACCUGAGAGAACGGCGUAGGCUGCGCCCAGCUGGCUUCCUUGGCCAAGUCUCCGGGGAGGAGCGCCUGGAUUUUGCAGGCUCAGUGGGCAAUCGGAUUGCAUCCGAUGAGCAGGUGGUGGAGGGAACCAUCAGCCUGAACGGCACCAUCACGCCGGAGAUUGUGAGCAAGCUGAAUUGGGCAGCUCAGAAUGCGCUGGUAGAGGCAUGCGGACACGGCUCGAAGGUGGACGCUAGCACCAAGUUGGAGCUUUCACCUCGCAUCCAUCGUGCUGUGGACAUCAAGUUUUGGGUCUUGCCGCGACUGGGCGGAGGCGGCGACUGCGCUAUGACGCUUGUGGAGGCGGCAGCAGGUGGCUACGUUCCUCCAUUUCCACUUUCCGGUCCAGACAGGAAGCCCACGUUUCGGAACAUGAUGCAGAACCAGCUGAGUUUAAUCAUGGACACGGGCAUCAUGGCGGACAUGUAUCUUCGGCUGUGGCGCGUCACCUGUGCCGUGAAGCCAGUUUGGCGGCUUGGCAACCAACUGAGCGAGCGAAAUUCGAACAUGGCCUGUUCCAACUACGCUUCCGGAUGGGAGGUGUACUACGCGCCCAGCCUGACAGAGCCUGCCACCGCGGAGGGAGGCUCUUGGGUUCCCGGAUAUUCCACGGGCAAUUCCAACAGCGUAGUGGACCAGCUACGAGAUCGUUGUUUGGUCGCAAACUCUGCGUGCUUCUGUGCAUCCUUGCAGGGCUGCGGCUGGCGGGACCAGGCAGAUGGCUCUACAGCCUGCACAACGAUUUCUGCUGGUGAUGCCGGCACGCCGGUCAGCUGCUCAGCGUGCUCUGCCCAACCCGAUUGCCCGCCGCAGUGCAGCUCUGCCACCUUUGCCUGCACUUGCGCCGCGCUACCGGUGAACUGUAUGUGGGAGAACGGCUUGUGCAAAUCCUCUGGCGGUGGCACCAGCAAUAUUCCCUGCAGUGCUUGUGUUGUGCAGGACAAGUGCCAGGCAGCGCGCCCACGCGCUGUGGACUUCGGGCCAAAGAGCAUCUUCGCGUUGCCGCGUCAGGGGACCUUGUCCAUCAUAGAAAUCACCUUCAACACGGCUUUGGGGCCUUUGCGCGCAGCGCGUGGUGCAGUACGCUUCGUUUGCGGAACAGAAGGUCGUGAGCCGACACGGUAUGGCGGCGUGGUGUCUGCUUCUGCAGCUGCAGUCACUGAGGUUCCAGGUGAUGGGCUCUCGGUCGAAGGAGAAGUUCUCAAAAUUGCAUCGGGAACUGUCAGCGUAGCAGAGGCUACAUCUUGUACCUUGGUGGCGGAAGACGGCGUUGUGACCAACAUAGACGGUUUGCCCUCGCAACCGGUUGAAUUUGGAUCUUUCGUCUUCAAGAUGAAAGACUCCGUCCCUCCCAUCAUCCAAGCCUUCCUGCCCUCUGCUGGAUCUGGAUCUGUGCGGCUUGCCCGCGUUACAGGAUGCUACAGGCUCUUUGACCCCCCGACUCGCAAAGUGGCAUGUGAGUCAUGUGAUAUCCCGAGGUCGCCAGCAACAAAGCUUCUUGACUGCAGCAAUUUGGUUUGUCACAUCAUGCGUUUCGAUAGCAGCACGCACCACAAUGCCAAGGACUGUGAGCAUCACCUUCAACGAGAGGCUUUGGCCCUGCAGGGUUUGACAUUCAUGUUUUCUCAUGGGCACCCUGCAAGGGUCCGCAAGACAGAAGCUUUCGGUGCGGAGCUGACCCUUGUCAACCUGUUUGGUGAGCCUCUGGCUGCGCCAGCACCCAUUAAUCUGGACAGUGUCAACGAGCGCUUGGUCAAACUGGAUGUUGAAGGCCGUCCCGUCUGUGUCACAUGGAUCACGAUCCCAGCGGGGUCUAUUGUGGACUAUGGAAAUCAGCUGUUUCCCGGGCUUGCUGCCGGCGUCUACAAAUUUAAGACGGAAGGCCAGCACGAUGAUGUCGUGGUUGUAGAGGCGCUGGCGACGGGCCCGCCGAUUAUGCUCCUAGCUGGAGUGGCUGGCGGUGGCGCAGUGGUAAUCCUGGCGGUAGCAACCCUUGCCUAUCGUACAUAUGUUGUGUCUCGAGAGCCCCCGGAGCAGCCUCCUGACUCACCAAGCGAGGCUGGGGGCAGCAAAUCACCACCAAAAAUCCGAUUUGACGAAGAGGCUCUGCGGAUACAGCAGUUGGAUGAUCUCCCGGAGUCUCCAGAAGCCAGGAAGUCCUACAGGUUCGAGGACGACGAAACGAACGAGCCGUCCAACAUGCCCUCCAAUGAGUUGCGGAAGUCAGCGCAGGAGGCGGCGGCUGCGCAACGCCGCAGCUCCAUCGCAGCUCACAUGGAUCUUCCAAAAAUCCCGACUGGCCCCACAAAUCAGCGGCGAGCAUCUUUCCAUGGCAAAGAAGAUGGCAAGCACCACCACCAGCACCACAAAGCCAGUCGCGUCCAUCCACCAGCGGACGAGAAAGACGCGGAGAAGCGGCCCAAGAAGGAGCCACCAAAGCUCAAGACCGGCCACUAUUUGUCAUCGGCGUGGCAAGCAUAG